CGCGCCCGCAGGGGUGGAGCCUGAGCGAGGAACCCGCGAGUAGCCCUCUCUCCCCGGAUGACGAGCGGCAGGAUAACAUGGAGUCGGGCAAGAUGGCGCCUGCCAAGAACGCUCCGAGAGAUGCCUUGGUGAUGGCACAGAUCCUGAAGGAUAUGGGAAUUACGGAGUAUGAACCAAGGGUUAUAAAUCAAAUGUUGGAAUUUGCUUUCCGAUAUGUGACUACAAUUCUGGAUGAUGCAAAAAUUUAUUCAAGCCAUGCUAAGAAACCUAAUGUUGAUGCAGAUGAUGUGAGACUGGCAAUCCAGUGUCGAGCAGACCAAUCUUUUACCUCUCCUCCCCCAAGAGAUUUUUUACUUGAUAUUGCAAGGCAGAAAAAUCAAACCCCUUUACCAUUGAUUAAGCCAUAUUCAGGACCCAGACUCCCACCUGACAGAUACUGCUUAACAGCUCCAAACUAUAGGCUGAAGUCCUUAAUUAAAAAGGGACCUAACCAAGGAAGACUAGUUCCACGGUUAAGUGUUGGUGCUGUUAGUAGCAGACCUACCACUCCUACUAUAGCAACCCCACAAACAGUGUCUGUCCCAAAUAAAGUUGCACCUCCAGUGUCAGUGACAAGCCAAAGAUUUACAGUGCAGAUUCCACCUUCUCAGUCCACGCCUGUCAAACCAGUUCCUGUAACAACUGCAGUUCAAAAUGUUCUGAUUAAUCCUUCAAUGAUUGGGCCCAAAAAUAUUCUUAUUACCACCAACAUGGUGUCAUCACAGAACACGGCCAAUGAAUCAAACCCAUUGAAGAGAAAACAUGAAGAUGAUGAUGACAAUGAUACUAUGUAAGGAAUAUAGUGUAGUCUAGAAGCAUUUCAAAUAUGUAGGUGGUAUUGAGCGCAGGAUACCGAACUAGAACAUUCUAGAUCUUUUCAAGUUUUAUCUUAGCAAACUUAAACGUAGCUGCAAUAUUUUUCACAUUAGUUUAAACUGUUAGAUUUCUUAAGGGUACCAAUGUUUUUUCAUUAGGCUUCAAGUAUAAAAAGUUAAGUGCUUGUUUCUUAAUAGUUUCAUUAAUGUUGAGUCCUACUAUAGUAAUCCUAUUUUUGGAAGCAGUUUUCUGCAGUGUAUCACUGACUGCAGCACUUAAGUUUUAGUUUUUACAGCCUGAUCAGCCGACUACUCUUUAACAGCAAAAUUUCUGAUCUGCAUUUAAAGACUUCUUUUGUAACGUAAAAUAGUCACUUUUAUUGUCACCACUUUUUGACCAAAUAUCUCAAUUUAGGAAAAGGUUUUGGGAGAGGAUGGAUUUAGAGGGAUUCUAAAUCCAUUCUGAAUAUAUUUAAGUUGUUUCUUGGUUUUCCCUAACCUCCUACCUCCUCAGCCUUGUUUCUAGAUCUCAUUCAUUUUCUGUACCCCUCCCCACAGGCUUAAGUUUCUUCCUAUUGCUCUUCAAUUUAAAAGGACAAAACUGGAAUUUUAGAAAUACAAUUCCUGAUGAUACAGCUCAAUGUCACGUUCAUAUUUUUAAAAUCUGUUUUACAUGCCUGAUGUUCUGUGGUUCACUUUUAACCUGAAGGUUUGCAUUUGCUGUUUUUCUCUCCAUACCAGAGCAGUGGAGUUUUAUCCCUUGCCUUUUAUGCCCAUUGAGCAUUACUCUGCUUUUGACACAUAGUUUGAGGUCAGUUACAUUCAGUGUUAGUCUUAUAUUCUGAACUGAUAACUCUACCAUAGUUUACAUUUCUGAAUUUAACACAGAACAUGCUAUAGCUUAAAAUCUGCCUUGAUAAGUAUAUUUACACUGGACCUAGGCAGAACCACUGAAGAGCAUGCGUUUUCUUUCUUUUUACCAGAUACAUAUAUGGUUUGAUCACUACUGCUUGAACCCUCCUAUUGGUAUAAUUCAGAUCAUUUUCUAGCUUGUUGCUGAGGAUGUCACACAUAAGAUGGGAUCAAACCUGAAAGUUUUCUUAAUGGUUUCCCUUCCUCUAGAAAGCCAACAGAAACAAAUUAGUGUGAUGCGACUUACAUUUAGGUGCACUCUGCAUAAUCUUCCCAGUAAUGUUGCUAAACAUCUUUCCCUAUUUUCCAUUUAUACAUAUCUGAACACCUUAUUGGGAGAGAUUGGAAAGCUUUCAAAAAUAUAAACAGGCUUGUAUUAUUUUAAGUAAAUUUGACAUAUUCAACAUAGGAACACUUAUGCAGAAUUUCUAAAUCUUCAUAUCAUAAUUUAGAACUUGUAGCUAAGGAUCCUGAAAACUUAAAACAUAAGUAAGUUUCAUCUUAGGAUGGUGCUUGAAAUAUCAAAGAGAAAUAGUCCCAAUAACGAUCUCAUUCACAGUUUGGGUGUUUGGGGAUAUUAGGAAAAGGUGAUAUCAAACUUAAAAAGAGAUCUGAUCAUCAUAGGAGAGAAAUGUUCAUUAUAUAGCAUAGGAUAUCAUUACUUGAAUGUUCUCAGGGAGGCAGCAUGUCAAAAGGCCUAGGUUCUAGUCCUGGCUCCAUCAUUAACCAACUGUUUGACCUUACUUCACCCAUGAGCCUUGUUCUCUUCACUAGUAAUAGGAAAAUAACACCAACCCUGCCUACCUCACAGGGAUGUUGUGAGGGUUCAAUUGGUAUAUGUGUAAGUUCUUUCAAAAUUGUAAAAAUGCUAUAUAACUCUAAAGAAUUAACAUAUUAUUUGUUUCAAGAUUAUUAAUAAAAAAUUGGACUUA